AUGGCAGUCGAAGAGAAGGUUGACUACCAUAACGGCAAACGCGAACUCACUCCUCUUGCCGCUGUAGAGGAAGAGAAAAGACUCGUCAGAAAGAUCGACAGGGCUAUUCUGCCCAUAACCUGUCUUCUUUAUCUCUUGGCCUACCUCGACCGCUCCAACCUCGGCAAUGCUCGCCUCCAAGGUUUGCCAGAAGAAAUUCUUGGGGGUGAUCCAAAGGGUCUCCUCUACGAAUGGGUUUUCUCUGCCUUCUACUUCUCAUAUGCAAAUCCUAUUCCAGGUACCAGCUACCGUGCUCUCAAAGCUUUUCCAUCCAUCUUACUGGAUAGCCAUUAUGGCGAUUGGAUGGGGAAUCUGUUCUACUUUACAAAUCUCAUGCUCACCGUGCUCCAGGCAAGCGCGUUUAACCUGGGGGGUAUCAUCGUCUGCCGUAUUGGUCUUGGUGUAUUUGAAGCCGGAUUCGGACCCGCGAUCCCUGUUUACUUCUCCCUCUUCUACACUAAGAAUGAGCUCGGUCUACGCCUGGGGUAUUGGUUCGGUUUUGCCGCCAUAGCUGGCGCAUUUGGCGGACUUAUAGCGUUCGGUGUUCAAUCCGUUCACUUCGGCCCAAACAGCGAAAGUGAUUGGAAGUUACUGUUUCUCAUCGAGGGUAUCCCUGCCAUCCUCCUCGGUGUUGUCACAUGGUUUGCUCUUCCGAACCGUCCCGAAGCAACUCACCUUUUUAAUGAACGGGAGCGUGAGUUAGCUCUUGAACGCGGGGCCCGUGGAACCACAGCCGACAUAGGCUUAGUGAUUAACAGAAGACACAUCAUAGCAGCACUCACGGACUGGCGCAUCCUUGCUUGUGGUACUAUCUAUUUUGGCGUGAACUGCGCUCUUGCUAGUAUCUCUGCAUUCUUACCAACGAUCAUUAAGACAUUUGGAUACACCAAUGCCCUCGCUCAGCUACUCACUGUGCCUCCAUAUGUUGUAGGCGCAAUCGUGCUCUGCAUGACUGCUUACGCGACGGAUAGGCUGCAGAGCCGUGGUUUAGCUAUCGCCAGCUCAUGCGCUGCCGGUGCUAUUGGUUAUCUCCUUGUCGUCCUCGUGCCUUCCAAUAUGCACGUGAGAUAUUUUGCUGUCUUCCUUAUUACCUCGGGUACCUACACUGCCAUUGGUGUUAUCAUUGCAUGGUGCUCUGAAACCAAGAAAGCUGCGGGCAUACCCAUGUUCAUGGCCAUUGGCCAAUGUGGUUCUGUCCUUGGUGCCAAUAUAUACCCUGCAUCAGACGGUCCUCGUUACUUACGCGGCUUCACAAUUACUUGCGCUCUUAUGGCCUGGGCAACAGUCUGUGCUGUCAUCCUCUACGUUUCGUAUAAGCGCGAUAAUAAGCGCAGGGAUGAGCUGUACGGUAAACCUGAUCCCGAUGCAACUGUCGAUACCAGCGAGUUGGCGGACAAGGCUCCCAUGUUCCGUUAUAUCCCAUAG